AUGGCUCCCCCACGGGGAUCAAUUCGCAGCGCAACCCCUCAUGCUGCUACAGCUGGGACAACAGGUGCUCUAACCAGCUGGGACAACAGGUGCUCUAACCAGGUGACUUUUGAGUUGACUCAAAAGGCUCCCCCACGGGGAUCAAUUCGCAGCGCAACCCCUCAUGCUGCUACAGCUGGGACAACAGGUGCUCUAACCAGCUGGGACAACAGGUGCUCUAACCAGGUGACUUUUGAGUUGACUCAAAAGGCUCCCCCACGGGGAUCAAUUCGCAGCGCAACCCCUCAUGCUGCUACAGCUGGGACAACAGGUGCUCUAACCAGCUGGGACAACAGGUGCUCUAACCAGGUGACUUUUGAGUUGACUCAAAAGGCUCCCCCACGGGGAUCAAUUCGCAGCGCAACCCCUCAUGCUGCUACAGCUGGGACAACAGGUGCUCUAACCAGCUGGGACAACAGGUGCUCUAACCAGGUGACUUUUGAGUUGACUCAAAAGGCUCCCCCACGGGGAUCAAUUCGCAGCGCAACCCCUCAUGCUGCUACAGCUGGGACAACAGGUGCUCUAACCAGCUGGGACAACAGGUGCUCUAACCAGGUGACUUUUGAGUUGACUCAAAAGGCUCCCCCACGGGGAUCAAUUCGCAGCGCAACCCCUCAUGCUGCUACAGCUGGGACAACAGGUGCUCUAACCAGCUGGGACAACAGGUGCUCUAACCAGGUGACUUUUGAGUUGACUCAAAAGGCUCCCCCACGGGGAUCAAUUCGCAGCGCAACCCCUCAUGCUGCUACAGCUGGGACAACAGGUGCUCUAACCAGCUGGGACAACAGGUGCUCUAACCAGGUGACUUUUGAGUUGACUCAAAAGGCUCCCCCACGGGGAUCAAUUCGCAGCGCAACCCCUCAUGCUGCUACAGCUGGGACAACAGGUGCUCUAACCAGCUGGGACAACAGGUGCUCUAACCAGGUGACUUUUGAGUUGACUCAAAAGGCUCCCCCACGGGGAUCAAUUCGCAGCGCAACCCCUCAUGCUGCUACAGCUGGGACAACAGGUGCUCUAACCAGCUGGGACAACAGGUGCUCUAACCAGGUGACUUUUGAGUUGACUCAAAAGGCUCCCCCACGGGGAUCAAUUCGCAGCGCAACCCCUCAUGCUGCUACAGCUGGGACAACAGGUGCUCUAACCAGCUGGGACAACAGGUGCUCUAACCAGGUGACUUUUGAGUUGACUCAAAAGGCUCCCCCACGGGGAUCAAUUCGCAGCGCAACCCCUCAUGCUGCUACAGCUGGGACAACAGGUGCUCUAACCAGCUGGGACAACAGGUGCUCUAACCAGGUGACUUUUGAGUUGACUCAAAAGGCUCCCCCACGGGGAUCAAUUCGCAGCGCAACCCCUCAUGCUGCUACAGCUGGGACAACAGGUGCUCUAACCAGCUGGGACAACAGGUGCUCUAACCAGGUGACUUUUGAGUUGACUCAAAAGGCUCCCCCACGGGGAUCAAUUCGCAGCGCAACCCCUCAUGCUGCUACAGCUGGGACAACAGGUGCUCUAACCAGCUGGGACAACAGGUGCUCUAACCAGGUGACUUUUGAGUUGACUCAAAAGGCUCCCCCACGGGGAUCAAUUUGCAGCGCAACCCCUCAUGCUGCUACAGCUGGGACAACAGGUGCUCUAACCAGCUGGGACAACAGGUGCUCUAACCAGGUGACUUUUGAGUUGACUCAAAAGGCUCCCCCACGGGGAUCAAUUCGCAGCGCAACCCCUCAUGCUGCUACAGCUGGGACAACAGGUGCUCUAACCAGCUGGGACAACAGGUGCUCUAACCAGGUGACUUUUGAGUUGACUCAAAAGGCUCCCCCACGGGGAUCAAUUCGCAGCGCAACCCCUCAUGCUGCUACAGCUGGGACAACAGGUGCUCUAACCAGCUGGGACAACAGGUGCUCUAACCAGGUGACUUUUGAGUUGACUCAAAAGGCUCCCCCACGGGGAUCAAUUCGCAGCGCAACCCCUCAUGCUGCUACAGCUGGGACAACAGGUGCUCUAACCAGCUGGGACAACAGGUGCUCUAACCAGGUGACUUUUGAGUUGACUCAAAAGGCUCCCCCACGGGGAUCAAUUCGCAGCGCAACCCCUCAUGCUGCUACAGCUGGGACAACAGGUGCUCUAACCAGCUGGGACAACAGGUGCUCUAACCAGGUGACUUUUGAGUUGACUCAAAAGGCUCCCCCACGGGGAUCAAUUCGCAGCGCAACCCCUCAUGCUGCUACAGCUGGGACAACAGGUGCUCUAACCAGCUGGGACAACAGGUGCUCUAACCAGGUGACUUUUGAGUUGACUCAAAAGGCUCCCCCACGGGGAUCAAUUCGCAGCGCAACCCCUCAUGCUGCUACAGCUGGGACAACAGGUGCUCUAACCAGCUGGGACAACAGGUGCUCUAACCAGGUGACUUUUGAGUUGACUCAAAAGGCUCCCCCACGGGGAUCAAUUCGCAGCGCAACCCCUCAUGCUGCUACAGCUGGGACAACAGGUGCUCUAACCAGCUGGGACAACAGGUGCUCUAACCAGGUGACUUUUGAGUUGACUCAAAAGGCUCCCCCACGGGGAUCAAUUCGCAGCGCAACCCCUCAUGCUGCUACAGCUGGGACAACAGGUGCUCUAACCAGCUGGGACAACAGGUGCUCUAACCAGGUGACUUUUGAGUUGACUCAAAAGGCUCCCCCACGGGGAUCAAUUCGCAGCGCAACCCCUCAUGCUGCUACAGCUGGGACAACAGGUGCUCUAACCAGCUGGGACAACAGGUGCUCUAACCAGGUGACUUUUGAGUUGACUCAAAAGGCUCCCCCACGGGGAUCAAUUCGCAGCGCAACCCCUCAUGCUGCUACAGCUGGGACAACAGGUGCUCUAACCAGCUGGGACAACAGGUGCUCUAACCAGGUGACUUUUGAGUUGACUCAAAAGGCUCCCCCACGGGGAUCAAUUCGCAGCGCAACCCCUCAUGCUGCUACAGCUGGGACAACAGGUGCUCUAACCAGCUGGGACAACAGGUGCUCUAACCAGGUGACUUUUGAGUUGACUCAAAAGGCUCCCCCACGGGGAUCAAUUCGCAGCGCAACCCCUCAUGCUGCUACAGCUGGGACAACAGGUGCUCUAACCAGCUGGGACAACAGGUGCUCUAACCAGGUGACUUUUGAGUUGACUCAAAAGGCUCCCCCACGGGGAUCAAUUCGCAGCGCAACCCCUCAUGCUGCCUCAGCUGGGAGGAGGGAUGGGAGGGGGAGGAGGGGGAGGAGGGAGGGGAAGGGGGAGGAGGGAUGGGAGGGGGAGGAGGGGGAGGAGGGAGGGGAAGGGGGAGGAGGGAUGGGAGGGGGAGGAGGGGGAGACUCCCUGGAUCUCCCUUAG